AUGCGCGUGCCGCGGCCCUGGUCCCACUCGACCAUGAAGCUCUGCCCUCCGUUGCUUCUUGCGGCAGCCCCGACGUUGAACGUCCUGGCGACGGAAGUAACGCUCUGGCAAUUUGGCGCCGGCGGCGUGGUCGGCACCGCGAUUACGACCUAUCCUCUAGUGCCUCUGGGGACGGCUCCCGGUGCAGCGGCGACAACAUACCUCUACCAGGCUAUCAACCAGGCCACUAUCAUCACGAAGUUGAGGGGGAAUACGAAGACUACGGUCUCUACGACCACAGCUCCACGCACUAUUGUUGCGUCUGCGUCCGGCUGGAUUGAGCAUGUCCCGCCGAAUCGGGAUAUCGCCUGUGCUUUCGUGGAUGCGACACAUGGGGAAUGUUAUGACCGAAAGGUGUUCAUCGUCUCGACGCCGCCAAGCGAUGCUCCUUCGGCAAACCGCACCUUGACAUCGACCAUCCCGAACCAAACCCCCACAUCGUCUACCCCUGCGCUCCCACCACCGACUCACGGCAAAGCCCAGACGGCGAAAGUUAUCGGGGGCGUCAUCGGGGGUGUCCUACUGUUGACGGUUCUAAUAUGCGUCGCCUUGCUAGUUCGCCGUCGACUCUGCCGACAACGCAACCCCCAUGUCGAACGCUCAACAAAACCUUGGCCAUUCCUCAUCGAUGACCCCGCACAUCCCCAUGUGCUCCGCCCAUCAGAUGCCAUCCCGUUAGAUCUUCCCUCAGACCUGCCCUAUAGCACUGACAUCACGGCCCCGUCUCCCUCGCCCAAGACACGUAAACGCAUGAUGUAUUUGACGUCGACGCAGCCGCGAGGCUCAUCCGACUCCCCGGAAAGUGUAGCGCCGCCCAUGUACUCGGAGAAUGUUCCGCCUGAAAAAGCACCGUAG